AUGGAAGGUGCACUCACACCUAGCAUGCGACAUGUGUAUGUACAAUAUCGAUGCAUUAUUUCUUCUAAUGCUUAUUUGAUGAUGGGCAUAACGGAUGGAAGAAAUGAUCACGCUAUUGCUGAUGCUUUGGAGGUGAAAUUCCUUGAGAAAUACUUCCCUGAAGAUGUGCGUAGCAAGAAGGAGAUUGAAUUUCUUGAGCUUAAGGAAGGAAACAUGAUAGUAGCUAAGUAUUCCACCAAGUUUGAAGAGCUAAUGAAGUUAAGUCCUCAUUACAAUGGUGUAGUUGUGGAGGGAUCCAAAUGUAUUAAGUUUGAGAAUGAACUAAAACCUGAGAUUAAGAAGGGUAUUGUCUACCAGGAGAUUCACAGGGCACGUUCCACUCAAUACAAGAGUGUUAGUGAGAGGAAGGGAGAUAAUAAGUUUAGGGGAAAACCAUAUAGUUCUCUAGUUGACAAAGAGAAGCAGAGGACUUUAGAUGAGAAAAAAUCAAGUGGAGGAGUGAAUCCCGCUUAUGUUAAGUGUUUCAAGAGUGAUAAGCCGAUUUGUUAUAACUGCGGUGAAAGGGGUCAUAUCAGUACCAAUUAUCAGAAGUCGAAGAAAGAACAGUCAGGAGGGAAAGUCUUAUUCUUGUCUGGGAUAGAGACUACUAUUGUUGACCAUUUGAUUCGAGGGAUGGGAAUACUCACUUUGUGGGUUUGUUUGAAUUAUCGGCUUACUAUCUAUGGUAAGAGUUUUGGUAUGGAUUUAAUGUGUCUACCUUUGAGGAAUCUUGAUGUUAUCCUUGGAAUGAACUGGUUAGAGUUCAAUCAUGUUCAUAUCAACUAUUUUUUCAAGACAGUUUCAUUUCCAGAGUUUGAUAUUAGUGAUGAGUUGUUCAUCUCAUAUAAGCAAGUGAAUGAGUUCGUGAAGGACGGUGUUAUAGUGUUUAUGAUAUUAGCUUUUAUGAAGACGAAGACUAAAUUCGUGUUGGACGAGCUACCUGUGGUGAGUGAUUUUCCAGAUGAUAUUAGUGAUUUUCUGCCAGAGCUUGAGAUGGAGUUUUCUAUAGAUUUAAUACUUGGUACUAGUUCAGUGUCAAUGACUCCUUAUAGGAUGUUUGCUUCAAAGUUGGUGUAA